ACGCCUCCACACACAGGAACCUACAAGUCAUGUGACUUGCAAACCUUUUGAAACAUUCAUUCAUUUUCUACUGCUUAGCCUCACAACGGUCACGUGGGUGCUGGAGCCUAUCCCAGCUGUCUUUGGGCGAAAGGCGGGGUACACCCUGGACUGGUUGGCCAGCCAAUCACAGGGCACAUAUAGACAAACAACCAUUCACACUCACAUUCAUACCUAUGGACAAUUUGGAGUCGCCAAUUUAACCUAGCAUGUUUUUGGAAUGUGGGAGGAAACCGGAGUACCCGGAGAAAACCCACACAUGCAUGGGGAGAACAUGAAACACACAGAGAUGGCGGAGGGUGGAAUUGAACUCGGGUCUCCUAGCUGUGAGGCCUGCGUGCUAACCACCUGGCCGCCGUGCAGCCCCUUGGCUAAAUAUAUAUGGCUAAAUAUGUGUGUUAUAGUAUAGUUAUGCUUGAAAUGUAAGCAUAAUUUGUAGCAUUUUUUCCAUCUUUUUGUUGUUGAGAAUUAAUAUUUUGCUGAAACUAGAACCUAUGUUCUGCGGAAAAAGGUCGAAACAAACUUUUUUUCUUUUGGUAUAUGCAAUGUUUAUCUACUCCUAGGACCCAAUAUUUUGUGCGCCUUGAAAAAUCUGUCAAAAUAAUCGAAAAAUAAUUGAAAUAAUUGAAAAAUGUCUGGGAUUGAAUGAGUUAAGACGUGUAGCAAAGCCUGCUUUUGUUACAAAGGUGGGGAGGUUGGUAUCAUGUUCACAAGGAAGGGUUUUCCUUCAUGACGCCAUUGAAAGCUGCAAAAAUGUGAGACAAGCAAGCCUCUUCACUGAUGUUGAGAAGAGAUUUAUCAGGUUUGUUGUUCAGAAUUAUUGUUACAAGGUUAUUAAAAAGUCACUUUUCCAUAAUAGGGGACUUCUAUGCUCCUUCCUAAUGUCCACUCGCCUCCCCAAACGCCGGGCUUAUAAAGUUCACCUCCCUGUUGACUGUGUAAUCAUUUACCAACGAUGGCCUCGUCGCUUAAUUCCAGGCGGUAAAACAGCAGCGCCUGUGUGAGUUUGAGCUCGUCAUUUCUUUGCAUCGACCCAAAAGUGGUCCAAAGUUCAAACGGCAGGGCUUUUUUUUUUCAUUUUUUUUGUUUUAAGGCUCCACUUCAUGCCUCCUGGUGUGAUGAAGAGCCAGGCCACAUUGCUGGCUUGUGUCGUGUAAAGUGGCUGGUUUGACAUUGGCUACCUUUUCUUGUUAAUGUUUCAUCACUGAGCACCACAUCGACACCCUCAAGUGGACCCGGUGGAGGAGGCCAGCAAGGCGGCGGCUGUGGGCCUGCAGGCAGGAGAUGAGCUGGUCAACAUUAAUGAGAUUCCCCUGAGCGGCUUCAGGCAGGAGGCCAUCUGCCUGGUGAAAGGCUCCCACAAGACACUCAGUCUGAUGGUGAAAAGGAAUGUGAACAUGGUGGAUACUGUAGCGCACAAAAUGCCCUCAGAGAAUGACGUGCAUGUGGCCAGAAGCUUCCUUACCAAGAUUUUGCGAAGUUCCAUGAGACGCAAUGAACCCAUAAGCAGGCCUCACUCUUGGCAUUCCACCAAGUUCAACGAGAGCCAGUUGGAAUCGGCCAAGACACAGUCGUCUCCACCCGUGGCGGUGUGGCAUGCCACGUACGAUGCGAGCUCGUCGUCAAACGAUCUCUCCUCGGGUUGGGAGCAAACAAACCUCUGCAGGGUUUCGGACCAGUUCAGCUCCCUCGGCAGCAUGGACAGCCUAGAACACGUCCCCCAUCCAUACCCGGCCAGUCAGCUGUCUGCCAAGUCCAACAAUAGUAUGGAGCAUCUCGGAGGAGGCAAGCGAGACUCGGCUUACAGCUCCUUCUCCACCAGCUCCGGCACGCCAGACUUUACGCUUUCAAAAAGCAACGCCACCUCCACUGAGAACGUGCUGUAUAAGGUCAGCCAGUGGGAUGCAGGGGGGAGGCACAGCAACAGCAGGAACAGCCAAAGUGUGAUGGACGGAGUCAAACAGGAGGACAGGCCCGUCUACUCAGUAGGCUGCGACGGACCCCAAACUGACGACCAGGCCGGCUGUUGCCAUUCCGCAUCUGGUAGAAUGAGUUACGGACCGGUGUGGCACGUUCCGGAGAAAAAAAAGACCGCCUCCCCUUCACCUCCUCCACCAGCGCCCCCCGCCCGAAGUGACAGCUUUGCGGCCACCAAAGAACGAGGUCUUAGUGCUGCUCAUCUAGAAGCACCCAGUUCUUGUGUCCAGGGGAAAUCCUGCUCUGAAGAUCGUGUUGGUCAGAACCUUUCCCCGAAAAACGACAGGGGUGGUUUUUACUGUCCGAGCCAGUUCAGCUCAAACAAGCAGCACUCGCUCUCCAGCAGCGAUGUCAGGCAAGGUCAAUCCAGCCAUCACAGACACCACAGCGACAAAAGCACUUUUCCUUCACAAGCGUGGGCUACCACCACUCCAAAGAACAUCAGUGGCUACUUCUCUAGCAUGCAGGAGCUCUCCACAAACGGUUCUACAAACCAGAAUCCUGACCCCAACUUUGACAACGGUGGACACAGCCGCUACUACUGUGUUGGUGCAUCUGGGAAACCAGAAGAAAGGAAAUGUUCUACCAGCUUGGACUCAACCCAGACAGGAAAUGAGCAGGAUCCGGUUAGCCCAAAAACGGUCACCAAAGCCAAGUAUCAAGUUUCCCCACAGCAGCAGUACUCCUCCAAAGGCAGAGAAAGUAACGGCUACAGCAAGCACCAUGUUACCGCUAUUGUGGAGACCACGCCCCCAAAAGUCGCCGCUGAGGACACCAGGAGCCAUCGAGGACCAAACAACGGACAUUCCGAACAACGGCGAUCUCUUCCUCUGCAGCACAGAGAAUUUACCCAAGAUGUGAGACACCACGGCAACAUCAACCCUCAGACCACCCCCAUGCUCCACUCCUUGUCCGUGGACACCAAAGGAGACUCGGAGGAGACGCUGGAGUCCAAGCAGCUCAUGCGCAGCGACCGAUUUGCCACCACCUUAAAGAGCGAGAUCCAAAUGAGAAGAGCCAAGUUGCAGAAGAGCAAGAGUGCGGCGACUCUUCCUGGUGAUACUGAAGACAAUCAGGAUGUGUGGAAGUCCAACAAGAUCUCGGGCCCCGCUCUGGCAGUUAGCCCCUUCACAGACACCUACAAGGAUAAUCUAAAGGAAGCACAGGCUCGAGUGCUUAAGGCCACUUCCUUCAGGAGGAAAGAUCUUGAACCCGUGUUGGUGGAGCACCCUUCAGCUGAAGCCAUUCCCAAUUAUCCAUCCUCAGCCGUGGCAAGAAAGGAUCUCACUGCUCUUUCCAUAGUUUCGGAGACCACAGCCAGCAAAUCUGGCGCUCCGGGUGCUCCGGUCAUGCGCAUUGGUGGCCGAAAGCGCUUUCAAGCAGAAAAAAAGGUUAGAUCUUUCUCUGAACCUGACAAAAUCCAUGAGGUUGGAGUAAAAGAAGAAGAAACUGCAAGCUCUUCACAGGACCAACAGAAACUGGUGAAAGAAAAUGGGAAAUCCAGUCACCAAUCUUCAGUGGAGAACCCCAGUGAUUCCACCGGCCCGGCACACAUGCCGAAAGAGAUUGGGGACAGAGAUGACCCUCAUGGAGGUCCGUACUCCACCACUUUCGCCGAGUAUGAGGCCAGAUGGAACGUCCAGAAGAAACCCCCAGAGACCAGAGCCUCUGGACGAUUCCGGUCAGCUGACAACAUCUUGGAUCCCAAAUCGGAGGAGAGAGUGAAGUCGGCGUGUUUUCACGAGCGGUCCAGGUCUUCACCGUCGGCUGACAUCUAUGGGCAGAUGACUCGUGUCGCUGCAACAAUAACGCCAGAGAAGGAACAAAUUCUGAUGGAGAACAAACCUGCUGAGUCACUCAACGCUGCCUCCAGCUUCCCAGAGGGACGCUCGUCCGACUGCAAAGAGAAGUCUGCCGAAUGCGAGCGUCGCCCUCCUCCACCCAAGACGGCGUGUGGACCCAGGAGGAAGCCGCCGCCGCCCAGAUGCCCCGAGAUCAACCCCCACGAAUCCCAACGUUGCACCCCGACCAGCGACUCCUGUAAGGCAGAGGGCAAAGAGCCGGUGGACCAUCGGCCUCCAGCGUCCGUCUCUAGCAGGACGCCAGCCACCAUGGAGGCACCGCGCUCGCCUUCGCCGCACUUUUCCCCGCAGAGACUCAGCGACAGGCCUCCCACGUAUCUGCUCGACCAAGACUCGAACGGGGUGGAAAAUGUGAGGGCCAAGCCAAGCAGCGUGGUGAAGAAAGUGCCCGUCAGGGUGCUUCGCUCGGAGGGAAUGCCGGAUAAAGAGAGCGGCGGUCCUGACAUGAGCAAGCUGGCUAACGUGGGAGGCGGUGGGCAGGACUCUGUCUUCCUGGCUUUCAGCCGACAGAGACAAGCAGACGGCGUGUCUUCACCUCAGAAGCCCCCAAAAGACCCCGAAGUGACCCCUGUGGGCCAGCAGAACGCUUCCAAGCAACCGCAGCCCACAGCGCAGUCGGGCAUCGACGAUGAUGUGAAUACCGCGCCGAGAAUAUCCGAGGAGCGUAAGCGGGAAGAACUCGCCCGGGACAUCAUGGACAAAGACAAGUCGCUGGCUGACAUUCUGGACCAGAGCAAGAUGAAGACCACCAUGGACUUGAUGGAGGGCAUCUUCCCUCAGGGGGAGCUGGAGGGAAGCCACCAGCGCAGGAAAGCAUCCUCCAGAGCCGCGACCGCACGGCCUAUUGAUGAAAGGGAAAAGGAGGACAGUACGGCGGGUGCGGUUGCCAUGGUGACCAGCUCGGCAUACUAUAGUACGUCAGCCCCCAAAGCCGAGCUCCUCAUCAAGAUGAAAGACAUGCAGGAGCAGGACGAGGAUGAGGAGGACGAGUUAGACAUGGACCUGGCCAACAAGAAGCAAGAGCUGAUCGACAGCCUGAGCAAGAAGCUGCAGGUGCUGCGUGAGGCCCGCGAGAGCCUCCAGGAGGACGUGUUGGACAACAACGCUCUGGGGGACGAGGUGGAGGCCCGAGUCCAGCAGGUGUGCAAACCCAACGAGCUGGACAAGUUCCGCAUGUUCGUGGGGGACCUGGACAAGGUGGUCAGCCUGCUGCUGUCUCUGUCAGGCCGCCUGGCCAGAGUGGAGAACGCCCUCAACAGUCUGGAUGAGGACGCCACGCCCGACGAGAGACGCACGUUGACGGAGAAGAGGAAGCUGCUGAUCCGGCAGCACGAAGACGCCAAGGAGCUGAAGGAGAACUUGGACCGGCGGGAGGGCGUGGUCUUCGACAUCCUGGCCAGCUACCUGCCGGAGGACGGCAUGGCGGACUACGAGCACUUUGUCAAGAUGAAGUCGGCGCUCAUCAUCGAGCAGCGCAAGCUGGAGGACAAGAUCAAGCUGGGCGAGGAGCAGCUCAAGUGUCUGCUGGACAGUCUGCCCAUGGAGCAGAGGUUGUCCUUCUGAGGGACAGCUGCACUUGCACCCAGUGUCCGGCAGAGGGCGCCACAGACCAGACCAGUCUGUGUGGAAUGUCCUUAAAGCCUUUUUUCUUUUCUUGUCAAGUUUUUUUAGUAAUUUAUUUGUAGCCUUUUGGAUCGGCACAGGAGGGUGACAGUAUUUUUUUUUAACUUGAAGCACUCGGAGUGUCACUUCCUGGUGUGCGGGGUGGUGACCAUACGUAUUUUAGCAGCUGGCCCAAUAUUUCACUUUUUUUUAUUUUCACUUAGCUUUAUUUGGUAUUAAAAUGACAACAUCUGUGCUAGUUUUGGGAUGUUGACGGAUACAUGUUGCACUGCGAGCGUAAUGGCUGCCAUGUUCUUGCUGGAUAAAAUAGCAUGGCUGUAGACUCGGCUAAUCUUCAGCUGAUGACGUCAUUGCAGUGCAACUCGGCGACCUCCUCGCUUUCAGUUAAAACGUGCAUCGUCAUUUUGAUAUCAUAUUCAUCAUGAAUCCUCUCCUCAGCACUAUCGCAGCCUUGACUCCUGCUAAGCAACGUCUGCACUGUAUUUGUUUAGCGACACUUCCUGCCCCUCCCUGAAGGUAACGUAUGGUUGAGUCAUGGUAAAUGAAGCAGGACCGUAUAAUGUAGCGUUACCCCUGCUGAUAGCGAACGAGUCUUCCCUCCAUCAUUGACGCACGUCAGCUCUCGUGGCCUUGAAGCACGAUGCGUGAGAUCACAUGGGGGUUGGUUUUUGGAGAGCACUUGUUCACACCACACUUCACAUUCACUGAAAUCCACCAGGAGAAAGUGCCUGCCGUGUCCCAAGCUUUUUUUUUUUAUGUUUAUUAUGCUGCGUCUUUUAUAGCGAGGGUGAGGCUCAAGAGGCCAUCCAAGGUUUAUGAAAAUCUUUUUAGGAGGAUCAAAUGGUUUAGAGAAAUCUUCCAUCUUUUUCUUCUGCUUGUGCUUGAAGACGUGAGAUACAUUUUAGCUCCGCUUGCAUUUCCACGGCCUCACACUUUGAAAAAAGCCAUGACAUUAAAUCCAAAUAAACCUCCAAACCUUU